CUUUGUCAUCAGUUUGUGUUCAGUAGGAGCUUAUAUUGAAUUCGAAGUUCCUCGCCAUGGAUUUGAUAUGGAGUUGUAUGAGAAUGUAUUAGAUGAAGAGCUAUGUGAAGCACAAUUGAGUUACUUUCUAAGUUACAAUACAAUGCUGACAGCUGAAUUUCUUGAUGCAGGCAUCAGACUUCCGAGAGGCAUUUUACAAGGAAACUUUGUAGACCUCGGAAACUAUCAUCAGUGUCUAGCAAUCAGUGAAAACUUUGAGCCAUCAGACAUAGAGGGCAAGUAUUGUAUGAUAAAUGUUCCAAUGAUUCAAGAUGAGUUAAACUUACCAGCUCUGCCCGAAUGGCCCGAAGAAGGUUUAGAGUGGCCCGUGGAAUGGCCCGAGUUUCCAUGGCCAGAACUUUUGUCAAUCAUAAGACCAAAUAGUGAUAUGUUCAGAAAACUACAAAAGGUACGAAAAGAAGCAUCAAAGUACAAUCGUAUGACUGGGCCUGAUAUAGAUUUAAUUAGUCACCACUCAAUUCAAAGGGUAUCAGAAGAUAGCUGGCUGGCUGAUCAAGUCUUCAAACUGGCAGUAUGCCUUCCUAAAGUUUGCACACCUCGGCAAUUCAUCGACACUGUUUUUAUAAACACCACUAGCGUGGGUUUCAAAUUCACGGAAGAAUUCUGCAGACUGAGAAAUGAUAAGCCGUUUGCACCCGUUGAUUAUGCUGCUAUGGGAGUUUUUGGCUUCAUAAUCCUUAUUACUGUGAUUUCGACACUCUACGAUCUAUAUCUUACCGUGAUAUGUAAGGAAGGUUCAAAACAAGCCAAUACUAUCGGAAAAUCGUUCUCUGUCUAUACGAAUACUCGCCGUUUGCUCACAUUCAACUCUGGACCUGAAACUUUAGAGAGCCUGGAUGGAAUCAGAUCCUUAGCCAUGAUGUGGGUUAUCAUAGGCCACACGUUCUCUACGAAUAGGAGAACGCACUUUUUUAAUCCUAUAGAAAUGUUUACGUGGAUGACUUCUUUCUCGGCAAUUUGGUUCGUGGCAGCCCCUUUCACAGUCGACACCUUCUUCUUGCUGAGUGGGCUGCUGAUUGUGUAUACGUCUGUUGGGAAGAUAAGUCCGAAGGGUCUCUUUAAAUAAAUCCACCUGUUCUAUCUUCAUCGUUUAUUGCGAAUGUUUCCCAUUUUGGCAACCGCCGUGUUUCUUCAGGCGUCGUUACUCAACCAUCUUUCUGACGGCCCUGAGUGGUACAUCAUAGUUGAUAAAGUAGAACGGUGUAGGGCAUACUGGUGGUCUACCCUCUUUUACGUGCAGAAUUAUUUAACGCAGUCAUGGUGUAUUGGCCAUACUUGGUACCUCGCUAUUGACAUACAGCUGCAUAUACUUUCACCUUUAAUUUUAUUCUGGGUGCUAGGCAGAAGAAGAGCGGCAUGGAUUGCGUUAACUCUCGUCAUGUUGAUCGUCAUGGUGGUAACGACAACGUAUAACUAUUUAAACAAGUUCCCGGCGGCAUCGUUUGUACCAACGAUAUCAGCGGAAGAAUCCAUCCAUUAUACACGAUACUAUUAUGUAAACACUCUAACGAGAUGCUCGCCUUUCUUCGUUGGCAUGUUGUUUGGCUAUCUUCUUAAUAUUUUCAAAAGCAAGGAACUUCAAAUGGCUAGAUGGUUUGUAACAUUGUGCUGGUCCUGUGUCUUCGCGGUUUUCGCUGGUAUUAUCUACUCCUCAUACCCCAUUGUUCAGAUGGAUUGGGACAGCCCCUUUUGGGACGGCAUCAUAAACUCCUUUGCCAGACCCGGGUGGGCUGUGUGUCUUGGCUGGAUGAUAUUUGCAUGUACACACGGUUAUGGAGGUCCUGUCAACUGGUUCCUAUCGCUCCGUAUGUGGAAGCUGCCAUCUCGGCUUUCCUAUGCGAUGUACAUCUUCCACUACCCCAUAAUGAUGAUCGUCAAUAGCACUUCUGUGUCGGCAAGUUACUUCUCCGUGGAACGCUUUUUCUAUCGAUUCUUAGCUGACUUCGUGUCAGCGUUUAUAAUCGCUUUCAUAGUGACCGUGCUGAUAGAUUCUCCUUUAUCUACACUCAUAAAACUGGCGAUAUUAGAAAGAAGUAAGACUGAGAGGGCGAAGACCAAUCAAUAA